UGCCCGGGAGGGGCAGCGGCUGUGCGGGUCCGGCCGGGCCGGCGGAGGGUGCCCUCGGCCCGCCUCCCCGCGGGGAUCCCCGGCCCCUCCCGCCGGGUCGGGAGGAAAGUGAAAGCGAAAGGGGAAGAGGCGGCCUCAGAACCGGCAGCCGGGACGGGACGCGACGCGGCGCCAUGAAGCCCCUGUCCCUGCUCCUCGCCCUGGCUUUGGGCCUGGCGCGCGCAGCCUCGGCCGGACCCGCGGCGCUCGAGUGCUGGUUCGUGGAGGAUCUGGGCGGGGGCGCCCUGGAGAAGAGACCCGCGGCGCUGCUGCUGCGCCAGGGCCCCUGGGCGCCGCCGCCCCGGCCGGACCUGGACCCCCAGCUUUACCUCGGCGUGGACGACCCCGCGGGCGCCCUCCUCGCCGCCCUCCGCCGCCUUCCCCGGGGCGCCGCGGCGCCGCGCUGCGAGAUGAGCCGCUUCGUGCCGCUGCCUACCCCUGCGACCUGGGCCCGCCGCCUGAGCCCGGAGCGGAGCUGCCCGCGGGCCCUGGACGGGGCGUGGCUGAUGGUCAGCGUGACCAGCCCGGCCCUCAGCCUGUCCUGCCUCCUGCGCUCGCCGCCGGAGCCGCAGCCCGCGCCGGCGCUCAUCACCAUGGCAACAGUGGUGCUCACUGUCCUCACCCACACCCCUGCUCCCCGAAUCCUACUGGGACAGGAUGCCGUGCUGGACCUGAGCUUCACCUACAUGCCCCCGACCCCUGAGCCUGCUGCCACCCUGGCCUCGGGUCCCCCUCCCUUUGGGCUGGAGUGGAGACGCCAGCACCUGGGUAAGGGGCACCUGCUCCUGGCCGCAACUCCUGGCCUGGACGGGCAGAUGCCAGCAGCCCGAGAGGGGGCAGUGGCUUUUGCUGCUUGGGAUGAUGAGCCUUGGGGCCCGUGGACUGGGAAUGGCACCUUCUGGCUGCCUGCAGUGCGACCCUUUCAGGAGGGCACCUACCUGGCCACCGUGCACCUGCCGUACCUGCAAGGACAGGUGGCCCUGCAGCUUGCUGUGCACAAGCCACCUGAAGUGUCACUGACGCCGGCUCCCCUUGUCUGGGCUGCCCCCGGGGAGGCUCCCCCAGAGCUGCUCUGCCUGGCGUCCCACUUCUACCCCCCCGAGGGCCUGGAGGUGGAGUGGGAGCUCCAAGGGGGCCCAGAGGGCGGCUUGCGCAGGGCCAAGGGGGAGAGGUGGGUCUCGUCCCUGCACCACCAUUCGGACGGCUCUGUCAGCGUCUCUGGGCACUUUCGGCCACCCCCCGUCACCGCUGAGCACCAUGGGGCGCGCUACGUCUGUCGGGUCCGCCACCCCAGCCUGCCUGCCUCGGGGCACCGCGCGGUGGUCACCGUGGAAGUGGCAGGCCUUUCCGGGCCCUCGCUGGAGGAUGGUGUCGGUCUCUUCCUGUCUGCCUUUCUGGUCCUCGGACUCAUCAAGGUGCUGUCUGGGUUGAAAACACAGUGAAGAUGCUCUGCCCAUGAUCCUGGAAGCUGCGCACAUCUCAGGCCUAAAGCCCUGUAGCAUCUCCCCAAACUGGUACCCCAUCAUCUGCUCCCACUCUCUGCUCUCUCCAAACUCUCCACUAAGAGACUUAAAUUUUUUUUUCUGGGUACAAAGAAUCAAACUCAGGACCUUGUGCUUGCCAGGCAGUCACUGUGCCACUGAGGCAUCUCCCCCACCUAAUUGUUUUAAAAGACACAUUUUAUGGCUUUCACCUUUUUAAAGCUUUUAGGGCAGGGGUUCUCAAGAUUUUUGGUGUCAGGACCUAUGAAAAAAUAUCAAAGACCCUAAAGACCUUUUGUUACAUGGGCUCUAACGACUGACGGUAUUUAGAAAAUAUUUUAUUUGUUUUGG